ACGCCUACUCGAUGCUCACUUGACCUCAAAAAACUACAGUGGAAGUGUUUUGACUCGACUCGACUAGACAAGUACAAGGACUUGUCUCAGUCUUGGCACUCAUCUAUAGCCUGUAGGCAAAAGCUAGAGACCUAGACUCAGAGCUGUUAAGAAGAUCGACUGAUUGUUGGUGGCAGAUCUACAACAUGACGAUUACUUGCUACUCGUGUGGGCAGUCCUGCCUAGGAGAGGUCCUCAAGGUCCAGGAGAAACACUUUCACAUGAAGUGCUUUGUGUGCAAAGAGUGUGGUCAAUUACUAGCAUCAGGAGGGUACUUUGUGAAGAGUGGGGCCUACUAUUGUAGCAAGGACUACCACUUGUUGUUUGGGACCAAGUGCAAGACGUGUGGUGACUUUGUUGAGGGAAGGGUGGUCACUGCACUGGGAAACUCCUACCACCCACAGUGCUUUGUCUGCGACCGAUGCAAGGAUGAGAUCCACAGUGGUACCGUGGUGACGUACAACGACCGACAAGAGAUCCUCUGUCAGAGGUGCACGGACAUUGCUCUCAAUGAGGAAGACAAUGAAUCCAACAUGCCCAGAGCAGAGAAACAACUGAACCCUAGCACUGAGUUGAGCAGGUCUGGCUCUUUCUCCAGUCAGCAGGAGGACAUUCACAAGAUAUUUGACUUCUCAAAGGUUCCAGACGUCGACCCAAAGACUCGCACACACCUGGGAAAGUGUGCUGGGUGCCGAGAGUCUAUUCGCAGCUGUCAGUCACUUAUCGCCUUGGAGAGGCACUGGCAUCUCUUCUGCUUCACCUGCUCAGUCUGCAAGAAGCUACUCACCUCUGAGUACAUGGCCAAGGGCAACAACCCGUACUGUGAGCCGUGCUACCAAGACAUGCACGGUGUGGCGUGUGACGGCUGUCAACAGUUCAUCACUGGCAAAGUGCUGGAGGCUGGAGAAAAGCACUUCCACCCGUCCUGUGCCACUUGCUGCAGGUGCUCUCGUACCUUUGCCGAAGGAGAAGACAUGUGUGUCUCUAGAGAGGACAUAUGGCACCUCGACUGCAACAGACUCAAUGGGAGAUCUGAGUCAGAGUACAGUUCAGAGGACUCUCGCUCACACUCCCGCACUGACAGCAUCUCCCCCACUGGAACAGCUGAUUCUUCGAGGGGUAGAAGGUCAUCUUCACAGCUGGCUAUGUCUCGUGAGAGCAGUGCUGGAGAACCUAAGAUUGUCUACCCGCUGGCCACACUCAGGUUGAUCGGACCAGGAGUGAGACUGCCACGUGGUGUGAAUAGGGCAAAGCUUGAACAACAUCUCUCUGAUGAGGACUUCAGAAUAGCUCUCGGAAUGGAGAGAGAUAUGUUCUUCAAACUGCAGGCCUGGAAACAGCUGGAAGUAAAGAAAAAAGCGAACCUCUUCUGAACUGAGGUUUCUCUCACAUGCAUACGUUUCUGUUGCUAUAGUGACAUGAACCUUGCAGCAUAGCCUUUAUAAAUCUUUGUUGUUAAUGUUUUUUUUAAUACACAAUGUCAUCCAAACUUUACAGUCUUUUUUCCUGUUUCUCGCCGCUUCAAUAUCAUGUCAGUCUGAGCUUUCUGUAAUUAUUAAUAGAAUUGUAUGUGCAAGUAUUAUGCAGACAAUUUACACUGUAUUAAAAAUUUUGUUUAUUGCUGAUGUUUGUAAAUACAGCUGUCACUUCAUGUUAAUUGGUGCUGUCAUUAAAUUAUCACCUAUACUUAUAUAAUUAUUAUAGCUACAGUUUUAUGAUUCUAGAAACCAAUGAAAGUUUUGAGACUGCUCAUUAUUAAUA